AAAAAAGGACGCUUUUACUGUGCUUCCCCCUCGUCAAAUUCUCCGUCCCUACUAUAGUUUCGAUCAAGUUUGUACGAAAAGCAAGAAUCUUUAAAAACCAAGAGGGUCCUGUCUUUAUAAUCAAAGUGUGUCCGUAAAAACUCUGAUCAGAUCCGGUUUAAUAACAAGAGAGUAUAGAUUCGCCAUCUGUAAUACUUUUUUUUAUUAUUAUAAUAAUAAAGCCCACCCUCCAGAGAGGUUAAGAUAUAAGAUUAGAUUACCCUUUCUUUUGGUUUUUGUGUGUGUGUGUGAUAUGGGAAACGUGAACGCGAGAGAAGAAGAAGAAGAAGAAGAAGAAGAAGAAGAAGCCAAUAGUAACAACCACCACAACGACAACGACAACGACGCUGCGAAUCGCUCUCAUCAAGCUUCCGACUUUACACCCUCCGAGCAGCUCAUGGGUGGUCAUCAUCACCACCAAUCUCCUCCUCACAGCCCUCGCGCCACUCAAUCUCCCCUCAUGUUCGCUCCUCAGGUUCCGGUGAUUCCUCUCCAAAGACCAGACGAAAUCCACAUCCCUAACCCUUCCUGGAUGAUGCAAUCGCCUUACGAAGAGGCUUCCAACGAGCAAGGCAUCCCCACCAUGAUCACUUGGUGCCACGGUGGUAAAGAGAUCUCUGUUGAGGGAUCUUGGGAUAAUUGGAAGUCAAGAAGUCGGCUGCAGAGAUCUGGAAAAGACUUCACAAUAAUGAAAGUGCUUCCCUCAGGUGUCUAUGAGUACAGGUUCAUCGUCGAUGGACAGUGGAUGCACGCCCCUGAGCUCCCUUUUGCUCGUGAUGACGCUGGCAACACUUUCAACCUUUUGGACCUCCAGGACUAUGUUCCUGAAGACAUUCAAAGCAUAUCCGGGUUCGAGCCUCCGCAAUCUCCAGAGGCUAGCUACAGCAGCUUGCUUCUGGGAGCUGAGGAUUAUUCCAAAGAGCCGCCUUUGGUUCCACCGCAUUUGCAGAUGACUCUGCUGAACUUGCCGCCGGCCAACCCUGACGUGCCGUCGCCGCUGCCGAGGCCUCAGCAUGUGGUUCUCAAUCAUCUUUACAUGCAGAAGGGGAAAAGCGGUCCUUCUGUUGUUGCGCUUGGUUCCACUAACCGCUUUUUAGCAAAGUAUGUAACUGUGGUGCUCUACAAGUCCCUCCAGAGGUGAUGCUAAUCAUCAUCUUUACAGGGUCUUAUCUUAGUUUGGUGUUUCUUAAAAGUUAAAACUCAUGGAGAAUGGGUGAGGGCACUAUAAGAAUUUAUUGUAAGGCCGGCAAAUCUCUGUUUUUUGGUUUUGGUUUGUGGCUUUUCAAGUUUGCACAACAGUUACCUGCAAGUCUUUAUAUUAUUGUUUUGGCUUUCAAA